UAAAGCAGGUAAACAGGGGAUAAGACACUGUUUUUCUCUGAUUUCGUGGCUUCAUACGUUGUCCUAACCUGUCAUCACUGCCGUCUCCCCAAAAUCAUCGCCCGACAUUCACACCCCUGAGCCAAUCUUUAUUCUUGUACUAUCGCUGCUCUACACACCAGUAUUUCCAAAUUAGAUCCUAUUAUCAGGAGAAAAAGGGAAUACCCACACAGGAUUCAUUGCAAAGGGAAAAAAUUUAGUACAACUUUGCUUCAAUCCGUUGAAAUUUUUAGGAGGGCUACAGAUUCCUGCCCAGAAUUAGAUGAUCUUCGGCUCCGAUAGGUCUUUUGAGAAGAUACUUUAAUAAUGUCGAGACCAAUGCUUCUUGUAUUUAUGUUGUUAAUACUCAUAAUCACAUCUCAGUUUGAGUGGAAACAGCAGCUCGUAAGUGAUGUUGAAUCGAGUCCUAGUAUAUCUCAGAAACAGCAGCAGAUUUCUCAGAGAGAAGAAGCCGUAAAAGAGAAGAUUAUCUUGUCACAGGAGAAGCACAUCCAGAGACUGAACGAACUCGUGCAAAGUCUCAGGGAACAGUUGCAGCAGUGCAAGAGUAACAACGAGACAAUGAAUGGCGGUCUUAGUUCCUUGGCAGAGAAUGUUAUUGAACUCGAACGGCAGCAAAUUCUCGAGGACUAGGUGGCAACACUCUAAACUCUGCCACCCUUAAUCAUAUAUGUUGUUGAUUGGCAUCCAUUUAUCAACUAAUUUUUUUUUUGCUGUCUGUGUUGUAAACUGUAAAGUGAAUAAAGAAAGAUUUAACUUCCUACUAACCAGAAAAUGCAAACAUCAAGCCAAGAUGAGUUGUACUGUCCAUGUUAAUAGUUUCUGCAAGUGGAUUGCUGCAGAACUUAGGUAAGAACAACUUUGUCUGAAAACAAAUCUGAAAUGCCAACAAACAAACCAUUCUAGUA